UUUGUGCUGCUAUGCUUCUCCCUGUGGCUGUAAGUGCGCUACGGAGCGCCCCCGCUCCCGUUUUUUUGGCGGCCAGCGCUUCCUCUGGUAAUUCCAAGGGGAUUGCUGGCUUUUCACGUGCGGCGACGGCCCACGGGCAGCGGGACUGCCUGCUCAAUCUGGCCGCUGUGGUCUCUGGCAGGGCUUGCUCUCCCAGUGCACGGAGUUUGUAAGACGUGCCGGGACGGCGAGGAGGGCCCCGGGCGGCGUGGGGCAGCCAUCACUGUGUCCUGAUUGAUUCCCGGGCCGAUUACGACCGAGGCGCGCGCAAGUGGGCAGCACUUAAGGCGGAACAGCACACCACGCAGCGGGCGCCGACGCCGCCAUGGGCGCCGGCGCGUCGGCCGAGCCGCGCCCCCGGCCGCAGCCGCGCAUCAUCCGCCUCGGCCAGGGCAACCACGGCAACUUUAUUCUACUCGACGGCCGCGCGCGCGCGCAGCCGCAGAUGAUUAUACAUAGGAACGGGACGCUCGUGGCCAAUAAUGGAACGACGAACGGCCUGAGCCUGCAGCCGGGGUCGUCGCUCGCCAUCCUCGCGGCCCUCGCGGCCUCGGAGUUGCGAUUGCAGGCGGCGCUCGAGCGCACCGAGGCGGCGCGGCGCGUCGCCGAGGCCCAGGAGCCGAAAGGACCGCCGCCCGCGUCGGCGGCCACCCUCGCCAAUUUACCCGUCCAACCAGCCAGAGCCGACGAGCUGAGUGGAGAGAAUUCGACGUGCUGCGUCUGCCUCGAGGCGCUGAGCGAAGGCGACGAGGUCGCGAAGCUGCCGUGUGGCCACGUCUACCACCCCGGCUGCGUCAAGGACUGGUUGAUCAAACAUUGCACCUGCCCGAAUUGUAGAUAUGAGCUGCCGACGGACGACGCGUCCUUCGAAGAGGGUCGGGCCGAGCGCAUGUCGAAGCGACGGCCACGAUGUUCCAUGAGCCAGCUCUUCCGCAAGUCCAUGUCGGAAUUGCGAGCAUUGCUGCCGGUAGAUAGCGAUGUACCUGGCGAGAAGCGUGACCUAGUAAGACGCGUCGUCGAGGCGGGCGUCGUCGACGUCUACGACACCGAGGACGACGUCGUCGUCAUGGACGAGUCCGACCUGAGGGACUGGUCCGUGAAACGCCUCAAGGCGCUCAUGGACGACUUGGGUGUGGAGGACGACGCGUGCGUCGAGAAGGACGACCUCGUCGCCGCGCUCUUCGCCUCGGGCCGCGUCGUCGCGUCGCCGGCGAAAAAUGAUGAAGUGCCCUCGCUCGAACCGUCGCCCGAACCCUCCGACGCCGUCGACGCCGCCGCGUAA